AUGCAAAUGAGAGUAGAGUCUCCACAUAAUCAACGGACCAGCUUUCACAAAAGUGCUGUUGCGGACAGUGCAACAUCGAGCAGCCGUAAUGACGUCACAACAACCGCUAACGAUUCUUUUUUUACCGCUCAGCACACCGGGGUCGACGUCCUACAUCGAACGGCAGCAGCUGCGCAAGAAACCACUACCGCAGACGAUGGUUUACCCUUUGGUAACUUCCUCUUUGACAGUAUGCAAAGCAGUGGUAUCGUCCAACCUUCCGGAAGUAACACGAGCGGUGGCGAGGGGGAUGUCGCUCAGCCCGCGUUGUUUGAUGGGUUUUGCUUCGAUUAUCUUUGUAGUAGCGAUGAUGCGUGGCCUACAGGAGGCGUGGCACCAAGCGAUGGACCAGCGCGGAGCGUGGAAGCGGCCGAAGAGGUAGACGGGGUGAACCCCUUUCGCUUUCUCUCACCCAGCGACACCGCAGCUUUACGUGCUGAAAGCCUAUGCGUGGAUUUCACCUUUGAUUCUACUUCAGACGAACUCAAAGCGUCUUGUGUUGCUAUUCCGACAGAGACAUCGACACUACUAGCGGCUGAGCCUCCACAUGCUCAGGGGGAAAGUGCGACAGCGGUGGACCUAGAGGUAAUUGAUCCAAGUCCAUCAGAGGAGUGCGAUCCUGCACCCGCAGUGGCGCCACAGUGCUCCACCCAGUUUCUUGACAAUGGUGGCAAUAGCCGCAAUGAUGAUUUUUGUAUCUCCAGAAACUCAUCGGGCUGCAUGGAUCCUACGGAUCUCAGACUUGACACGAGGGGCGACCAGACACCGUUUCCACUUGGAUCAAAAGCGAAAUCUGGGCCAGGUGCAAGCGGCACAAACACGGCGGCGUCACGGGUGUCCCGAGAAGGAGUCGAAGAGUUACUGCUCCGCGCUCAGUGUAUUCUUAACAGGGAGAUUACAGAACAAGCAGCGUCAACUUCAUCACAUGCAACUAAUAUCGGCAGCGCUCCCAUGGCCGGUGCUCUGCAGGGGGAUCCUGACCCUAAGGGGACUUCAGACGCGAUGUUUAGUGCUCAAGUUUCGCACUGGCUGCGUCGUGGGGAAGAGCUUCAUGAAUGUGCACUUACGACUAUAUCGGAGUUACAACUCCGACUAACACACGCCAUGCAAAUGUUCGGAGCUCACACCAGUUUGUCGUCGACCCUGAGCCCCCAGUAUGCCAAUACGCCCGUUGUUCUCACUCUACCGCUUGUUCUUCCCCUAAUGAGGUCCCUUUCGGAAGACCAGUAA